UAUAUUAUAAAUAUGGCUAUCAACAGCUUACCACCACAACCAUUCAAUACAUAUGAGCAAACAUAUUUGAUCAAAGAGAAAGAAAGGGUAGUGAAAAUGGAGGAUAUGCCGCCGGGGUUUCGGUUCUAUCCAACUGAGGAAGAGUUGGUUUCGUUUUAUCUCCAUAACAAGUUAGAAGGAAAGAGAGAGGACCUCAACCAUCUUAUGGUCCGAGUUGUUCCGGUUGUCGACAUUUAUGAGUACAAUCCGUGGGAUCUUCCACAUUUCUCAGUUUACCUGUGCCAUAAGGACCCGGAACAAUGGUUUUUCUUCAUUCCAAUGCAAGAAAGUGAAGCUCGAGGAGGGAGACCAAAGCGGCUAACAACAUCUGGGUACUGGAAAGCUACUGGUUCUCCUGGUUAUGUUUACUCUUCUAACAGUCGCCCAAUCGGGGUAAAAAGAACCAUGGUUUUCUACAAUGGAAGGGCUCCAAGCGGGAAAAAAACUGAAUGGAAAAUGAACGAAUAUAAAGCUAUUGAAGGAGAAGCAUCCUCACCUAAUGCUGCACCUCCCACUCUAAGACAAGAAUUCAGCUUGUGCCGGGUGUACAAGAAAUCAAAAUGCUUGAGGUCAUUUGACAGGCGGCCACCACCAGGAGUGAAGAUAGGCGAGGCAGUGCCUCAGCAUGGGAAUGGUUUUGGGGUAGGAAAAUCUCAUCAUCAGAGCACUGAAAUAGCAGAUAGAACGACCAUCGCAAGCUCACCAGAGAGUUCAUCUUCAGGAGAUAAUCAUCAUGCCAAUCGGUCUAAUCAAACUCGGGAAAGCAAUAGCUCGAGAAUGGUAGUUGAUGACGUAUGUUCCUUCUGGGAUCUUGAUGGGUUCUGGGAUCCUGUGAAUUAGUGAAGCAGGCGGAGGACUUGAAACUCAAAUUAAGUUAAUUUGCAUGGAUAUAUAUGGUGCAUGCAGUCACAAUCUGCAUGAACUGAAUUAACUUAGUAACGGACAUGAAUAAAAUUCCCUAGCUAUGUAGUUUAAUUUGGUGAAAAGCCAAGCUUUGUUUAGUAGCUUUCGUCCUUAUUUAGUUGUCUUGACUCUUAUAUCUUCAUCUAGCUGUUUCAUGCUUCCAAGCAACUUGAAGAGAAGGACAAGAAAAGACAAGCACCCAGGAAGUUUCAGGGAUGGGACCGAGGUGAAUAGUAGCUCGCGAUAGUGCAUGGAAGCUUAAUUUGUAUCAUUAUGUACAGCCAACUUUGUACCAGCCAUCUAUAAUAAGUAUGAACUUUUUAGCUUUUAAUUAUGAAAGCUAAGAAUUUCUAUUUGGUAA